AUGGAAUUUGCUGAUUAAUAACUUGAAGUCCUUGAAGUAUACUUUUAAUUAUUAAAUGCCAAUGAUUCUUUAUAAGUAAAAAUUUCUAAUUAAAUAGAAAAGAUCUCUGAAAUAAAAAUCAAUGUUACUACAAUUCCUUAAGAAUCAAAACUUUUCCUUCAAAUUGUUGAAUUGGAUCGAAGAAAGGGGUUAAAUUAAUAUUAUGAUUAAAUUAAUUUGGUCAUUUACAUUCAAGACUUAUCUUUAUUCUUAAAUCAAGCUCUUAAUUAAAUAUUAGAAAAAAAUUGCUUAAGUUGCAAUAAGUUUAGAAUUUUUGAGAAUUUAGAAUUAUUUGCAAUGA